CCUUGCGCUCAACAUCAAUACACAGUAAAGGUCGUUUCAGUCCCCAAUUCGACAUCGGCCAGCACUCAACAUCAAAAUGGACGCUGCAGCGAUUGAGGAGAUCAACAAGGUCCGGGUGGCAAAUGGCAUGAAGCCUUUGCCAGUCCCUGGAGCAGCGCCACCUCCCGACGAGACGACGCCAGAACCGGAGGUCGGUGACGAUGGUCAGCCUGUCAGCACCCUGGAAACCCGCGAAGCCGCCGCCUAUGAGAAUUUCAGGAAAAUACAAGAAGCGGAAGACGCCAAGAAGCGACGCGAAGAGAAGGCGGCUGCGAUCAAGAAAGCCCGCGAGCUUGCGCAGCGAUCGGCUGUUGUCGAGGGAAAGGGGUUGGCCGACGACGACGACGACCUCGACGUCAAGUCAUGGCUGAAGAAUCAGAAGAAGCGGCAGAAGAAACUUGAGGCUGCCCGCAAGGCGGAGGAGGAGAAAGCUGCCGCCGAAGCUGCCAAGGCUGCCGAGCACACGGCUGCUGACCUGGCCGGCGUCAAGGUCGCGCAUGACAUGGCCAGCUUCCUCGGGGGCGAGGAUCAGAUCCUUACGCUCAAGGACACUGGCGUGUUGGAAAACGAGGAUGAGGGUGACGAGCUCGAGAAUCUGGCGCUGCGCGAACAGGAGAAGCUACAGGAGAAACUCGAACUGAAAAAGAAGAGGCCCGUUUACGACCCGAACGACGUGGAUGAGACGGGGGAAAUUGGCCUAUUAUCAAAAUACGACGAAGAGAUCUACGGGAAGAAGAAGAAGGCGUUCACAUUAGAUUCGGCUGCGACUGCGGCGGAGCUGGGCGAUAUCCUUGAGGCGCCGGUCCAGAAGAGGAAACGCCAGGCGGUGGACAUCGAUAUUCUCGGUGAGCAACCCUGCGAAGCACGCAUUGGCACUUCCGGAUUUGAGCUAACCGGCAGAACAGAAGACGCGCCUGCGCCGACUUCCGACUAUCUCGACCCGUCAGAGGUCAAGGUCAAGAAGCCCAAGAAGAAGUCCAAGUCGACAAGGCAACGUCGGGCCGAUGACGACGAUAUUCUCUUUCCGGGAGACACUGGCGACGGUGGGCCUCCCCAAGAAAUGGAAGUUGAUUCCGGUGCUGCCGCCUUUACGAAAAAGAGGAAAGUAGUCGACGACACCUUCGUCGAUGAUGACGACCUCCAGUCGUCCCUAGCUCUUCAAAGGAGAGAGGCGCUGAAGAAGCGGAAGAAGAUGCGGCCGGAGGAUAUCGCAAGACAGCUACGGGAAGAAUCCGCCCAAGCAGAUGGGCAGCCGCAGGAAGAAUCGGGCAUCGUCAUGGACGAAAUCAGUAGAUUCGUCGAUGGGUUACGCGCAGAAGCCGAAGAAGAGCGUAAACCGCGCAGAUCAAAGUCUGCGGAAGCGCCAGUCACAACCAUGCACGACGAGUCCUCCGAAGACGAAGAGAUGCACGAUGCCGACCGCCACCCUGUCGGCUCCCGCGACACCUCGCCCCUCGCCGAGUUGCCCCCGAUCGGUGUCGAGGAAGAAAAGACAGUCGACCAAGGCCUCGGCGCAACACUGGCCUUGCUUCGCGACCGCCACCUGAUCGAAGAAGGCAAAGGCGCCGAGCUCAACGAGCAGUUCCGCCAGCGCCAGCGCUUCCUCAACGAGCUCCGCCGCCGGAUGGACCUCUUCGACCAGGAGACGAAGGCCCAGCGCGAGCGGGACCGCGCCUCGGGCCGGUUGGAGCGCAUGUCGGUGCGCGAGCGCGAGGAGUGGCAGCGCCAGCAGAACACGCUGCGCGACCAGCACCAGUCGCGGGUCAUCGAUGCACUGUUCCGGGAAGGAUACCGCCCCAGCGUGGAGCUCAAGUAUGUGGACGACAACGGGCGCUCGCUGGACGCCAAGGAAGCCUUCAAGGAGCUGUCGCAUCAGUUCCAUGGCAAGGGCAGCGGCAAGGGCAAGACGGACAAGAAGCUCAAGAAGUUGGCGGAGGAGAAGAGGCGCAUGGCGCAGAGCAUGCUGGACGCCAGCCAGAAUGUGGGUAUGAGCUCGGCUACGUCGCAUCAGACCAAGAAGGAGAGGAAGGCGGGUGUACGGUUGGCUUAGGUGGGAGGUGGGGAGGAGAUGACUGUGUGGGACUGGCGUAUAGGGUUGGUAAUCAGGGGAUACAAAGGUGCAUCAACCCUCUCUUUCGUUGAAUAUAUGAGUUUGAGUCUGUACUGACACGGUUGUUGAGCUUAGUUGUUGUCCCGUCAAAGG